AUGUCGGAUUUGGUGAAGACGCUCGUAUUAAGGCCGGACAUCUCGAAGCCUAGAUGGAGUCAGGAAACGUUCGAAGGCAGAGCCCGGCACUUUUUCGCCAUAACAAAUCCACUAAACCUUCUCAACACUGACUCGCAGCUUCGAAUGUUUAAGAGAAUAGUUGAUGACUAUAGGAAUGGAUUUGUCUCGGAUUCGUUAACUGUGAGAGAGCUGUGGAAAGCGAAGCAUGUCGUCGACUCUGCGUUUCAUCCAGCAACUGGCGAAAAAAUGUUCAUCAUCGGCAGGAUGUCUGCGCAGGUGCCGAUGAAUAUGUUGAUCACUGGAGGAAUGCUGACGUUUUACAAGACUCCAUUAGCCGUAAUAUUUUGGCAAUGGCUGAAUCAGUCUUUUAACGCGGUGGUAAAUUACACAAAUCGAUCUGGUGACAGUGGUUCGAAUUCCGAGCUUUUGAUGUCGUACUGCGCUGCUACUGGAGGAGCUCUGACGGCAGCUCUUGGAUUGAACUCCUUAGUGGCGAAAGCUCCACCUCUCAUUGGACGACUAGUGCCAUAUGUGGCUGUGUGUGUAGCUAAUGCCAUCAAUAUACCAAUGAUGAGAAGACGUGAGCUUGUGAAUGGAAUUGAAAUAGUGGAUUCCGAAGAACGUAAACUUGGCGCCAGUAAAUCCGCUGCUUAUUCGGCGAUUACCCAGGUUGUCAUCUCCAGAAUUGGGAUGGCUACUCCAACGUUUGCUUUCAUUCCUGUGAUUGUUAACGCGUUAGAGAAGAAGAAGUAUUUUAAGGCUCGUCCUCACUUAUUCGGGCCGCUUCAGACAGUUCUGUGUGGAAUCAUACUUACUGUCUCAACACCUCUCGGUUGUGCUUUAUUUCCGCAGUUGAGUCCAGUCAGCGUAUCAAAGCUGGAACCUGAACUCCAGUCGAAAAUUAAGGGACUGGAAAACCCACCAACGGUUGUGUACUAUAAUAGGGGCCUGUAA